GGGAUUGUGAAGUCGUUGAUGAUCUCAAAUCAAGAAAGCAGCUCGGUGAGGGCCAGAUUAUAAUGACUAUAGGGAUGCCCAAAAGAGAUUCAAUAUUUGGGAUGGGAACUGCUUAAUGUACUCAUUGUAUUCCAUCAUCACACCCAGGCUUUAUUCCAUUAAUUCUAUAUAUACCCCCUCUUAGUUCAUGCCAACUUCUAAAACUAUUCAACGAGCCAGAGAGCAAAUUAAGUAAAGACAAAUAAAGAGUAGCAGCUAGCAAGAAUAUGGAUGGGAAGAAGUUAGAGUACAAAGGAGAGGCGGCAUUGAAGGAGCUGGAGAAGCUCACCAUGACGGCUGGAGAAGUUCAGGAGGAUAUCUUGAAGGAGAUCUUAAGGCGUAAUGGUGAAACUGAGUACUUGAAAAUGUACAUGGAAGGCUCACGAGAUGUGUUGGAUUACAAGCGUCGCGUCCCAGUCACCAAUUAUAAGACCAUUCUCCCUUAUAUUCAGAGAAUCGCCAAUGGCCAACCCCAUUCUCUCAUUACCAGUCACCCCAUCACCGAAAUGCUCUGCAGUUCGGGGACAUCGGGUGGAGAGCCUAAGAUGAUGCCAUCAAUAGCAGAAGAUCUUGACCGCCGAACCUUUAUAUAUAAUCUCAUCAUGCCUAUCAUGAAUCAGUACGUCCCGGGACUGGACGAGGGAAAGGCCAUGUUCCUAUACUUCGUGAAGGCGGAGAUGUCGACGCCGUGCGGGUUGCCGGCCCGAACCGUGCUCACCAGCUACUACAAGAGCAAGCACUUCAAGUGCCGAUCCCACGACCCCUUCAACGACUUCACGAGCCCCGACCAGGCCAUCCUCUGCCCCGACACUACCCAAAGCAUGUACUGCCAGCUCCUCUCCGCUCUCCUCCACCGCCACCGAGUCCUCCGCCUUGGCGCCGUCUUCGCCUCCGCCUUCCUCCGCGCCAUCUCCUUCCUCCAGCGCAACUGGCCCCACCUCUGCGCCGACAUCCGUCGCGGCCACCUUAACCCCUCCAUCACCAACCCCGAAUUGCGCUCCUGCAUGGCCUCCAUCUCGCCGGAUCCCGGCCUGGCCGGCGAGAUAGAGGCCGUGUGCGGUCGCCCCUCCUGGAAGGGGAUUCUGUGCCGCCUCUGGCCGAGGGCGAAGUACAUCGAAGCGGUCGUGACGGGGUCGAUGUCGCAGUACGUGCCGGCGCUGGAGUACUACAGUGCGGGGAGGUUGCCGCUGGUGUGCACCAUGUAUGCGUCGUCGGAGUGCUACUUCGGGGUGAACCUGAGACCGCUGUGCGAGCCGGGGGAGGUGGCGUUCACGCUGUUACCAAACAUGGGGUAUUUUGAGUUUUUGCCGUUGGGGGAGAAUGGGACAUUGGUGAUGGAGGUGGAGGAUGAAGAAGAUGCAGAUGAGGAAGUGGAUAGGGAAAAGCUGGUGGACUUGGUGCAUGUUAGACUCGGCUGUUACUAUGAAUUGGUCAUUACUACCUUUGCGGGACUAUAUCGGUAUCGCAUCGGCGACGUGCUCCAAGUGACUGGAUUCCACAACAAAGCCCCACAGUUCAGAUUCAUAUGCAGGAGGAACGUAGUUCUCAGCAUCGACACUGACAAAACCAAUGAAGAAGACUUGCACAAAAGCAUCACAACCGCGAAAAAACUCUUGGAACCCUACAACAGUCUGCUCGUUGAGUACACAAGCUAUGCUGAUACGUCGUCCAUGCCGGGACACUACGUCCUCUACUGGGAGAUCAUACACUGCAAUAAUUUGGCAGUAAACACCACAGCGGCGGUGAAAACCCUCCAGGUUGAUUCUAAAGUGUUUCAAGAGUGCUGUGCGGCGGUGGAAGAGGGGCUCGACUAUGUGUACAGGCGAUGCCGGGCACACGAUAAGUCAAUAGGGCCGCUGGAGAUAAGGGUGGUGGAGGCUGGGACGUUCGAGACAUUGAUGGACUUCUUCAUAAGCCAGGCUGGGGGAUCAAUUAAUCAGUACAAAACUCCAAGGUGCAUCAAGUCAAGUACUGCCCUUAAACUGCUAAAUGGUAACGUGAAAGCCUGCUUCUUUAGCCCUAGGGAUCCUACUUGGAUCCCUUUGCAGGAUCCCUUCAAUUAAUUAAUUACAGUAGUAAUUAAUUCAUCAGGAGAAAGAAAACAAUGUUCUCUUUCUUCUGCAUCUUCAUUUCUAGUAUAUUUUUGAUAGUAUGUAUAUAUAGUAAUAGUACUGUUUUCAGCCUUCAAAAAAAAAAAAAGAGAAGAAAAAAGAUAUAUAGUGCUGCUGUUUUAGUCCCUUAAAGGGGAAUGCCCCCACAAAUUGGCUGUAGGGCAGCCCUAGCUACUCCUUUGUGCAUGCAUGGGAGAUUCAACUAGUGCUAUAUAUUGGUGAUCAUGUAUUGAUUCAAA